UCCACCAAGUUAAUGAGUUAUUGACGUGGCGGUCCUGAUUCAUAAUCGGAACUACCGUUAGAACAUUUUGCAAAUCAAUCUUUAGCAACGCCACCCCGGAGACAUCUCAAAAUGGCGUCACGCAUCGGACAACUUUCCAAAAAUAUCAAAGAACUUCGUCUCCUCUUUUGCCAAACUUCACCUGCCAGCUCCUCCACUAGAUCAUUUGUUGAAAAGAAUUACAAGGAGCUGAAGAAAGCAAACCCUAAGCUGCCGAUUCUUAUCCGCGAAUGCAGCGGCACCGAACCUCAGCUUUGGGCACGAUACGACAUGGGCGUUGAGAGAGGUAUUCGCUUGGAAGGGAUGUCAGAGGCCCAAAUCUCUAAGGCAUUGGAGGACCUUGCAAAGGGAGGGGCUAAAUCCUAAACUAUAUAUCACAAGAAUUAUUGUUUCUUUAAAAUGAAUAACCCCGAUCGUCGGGUAGCAUUAUGAAGUUGGUGUUUCUCCUGAUUGUAGCAACCUCUUUGAUUUUGUAACAUGAUAUGAAUGAUGGGAAUUGAACACUGUGAUUCUAUGAAAUCUGCAUCACUCAAUGCCUUUCCGGCAAAUUGUCUAA